AUGGCAGCGGGCUCUAUGACUUCGGGAUCUUGGGUCCUUCUGUCGUGCUUGCUGCUUGUGGUGUUCGCUACCCCAGCUGCAGCCUUCGGCGCUGGUAACAUCCCCUCGAUCGCCCAAAUAGAGGGAAGCAAUUUCAGACAUGGAGAUAUCGAGGAUAUGCUCAAGACUAUUGCUUUCAUUCGGGGUCACAAGUGGACUUCUAUGAUGGUAAAGCGAGUUUACUUUGGAAACUGGCUCCGUGACUACUCUCAAGCCGUUGAUGUUGGUUCCUUGAAAGGCGUUUCAGCACCCACCAUUCGAAUUCUUGUCUGGGUUCUGAGCUUCUUGUCCUUUGGCUAUGCCACAGAGGAAUUCGAAGUCACAGAAGAGAGACUGGGAACUUAUCGUCCUGAGGAGCACAUCGACAAUCCAAAGGGAUACGCCGAUGACAAGGAUGCAAGACAAUAUGAUUCCCGACUCAGAGGCCCAGUUCAACCCAUCGAACUCGAGGUUGAUAUGGAUACCGGAAUGAAGAACUACAUCGCCAACGAGAGUGGUGGUUGGGCUACUAGUACAGGCUAUGUGAAAUUCAGCUUGGAAAGAAGCAUCCACUUCGGAAGACUCUACACAAAUGGUUCUGGCAGCUCCAAAGGCAAAGAGGCCGAUCUUUGCGAGGCUCUUCGUUGUCUUGGGCAAGCACUUCAUUGCUUAGAAGACUUUGGUGCCCAUACCAAUUACUGUGAACUUGCCCUUCGCGAAUUGGGUUAUCGAGACGUAUUCCCUCAUACUGGCGUUGCCACUGAGAUCAACAUCAGAGGCCAACACAUCUACCCUCUCGUUACGGGCACUUUUGGCGCAGUUGACUUCCUCCAUUCCGUUCUCGGAGAGGCCACCGACCACUUCACCCAAACAGAAGUCGAAGAGAUGGAUCUUGCUCUCAAGGGGGCCGAGCAAGCUCAGGCUGGCAGAGGCACACUCUUUGGCUCAGGUGGCGGCUCGGACUUUGUUUCGCUCCUAUCUCAAGUUCCCGGAAUGGGUGGCGGCCUUGCCUCAACUGCCAGAAGCCUUCAAGAGUCAUCAGCUGAGCAGGAGUACCAAAAUACACUGGCGAGAAGUAGAGUUGAGACUUCUUUCGCUGGACCACCUGGUUCCCAUCUGGGACAGUCUAGUAAUCAAGUUCCUGGAAUGAGCGAGAGUUUCGAUCCUAUCAAGACUUCGAAGCGAAUCUACCCUAUUCUCGAGUUUAGAGAUAAGGUUGUUAAGGCCAUCAGUGCUACUAUUGCCAAGAUUCCAGGCUUGGAGGCUUUGGUUGAGAAAAUCAGCGAGAAGCUUACAGUGUUUGUGCUAUCGUUGCUGGCACCUUUCAUCAGACCCAUCAUUGAUGCUGUCUCCAAGUCUCUCAAGGAUGGUUCAUCCACUGUCGUCGAAGCCAGCGCUAAACAGCAAUUUGAGCCAUGGAAUGAUGCUCACUGCACCAAUCCCACGCACUCCAUGCUUUCGAAGGAUCACUUCUCCAACAAGUUGAAUGGCGUUGCAGGCCGUGUGGCCACAACAAUUCUUCAAUACGUCACACCCCGAGUGCUCUAUGCUUGGGAGAACCCUGGUGUUUCCACUGGAGAGGUUAUGCGAGAUAUUCUCCGUGCCUUCCACCAUCCCGCUCUCCGCGACGAGCAGUGCGAGCUCCACAGAAACAUGUUCAACACGGUCCGAAAGUGGGUAGACGAGCAACCAGAUCGUCAUCAGCUGAAUCAAAUCCUAAGCUCUGCCUCUGUUAAAGCAGGCCAUAACCACAAAGCCUCUGGCGAGGGUGGUGGCUCCAACUCAAGAGGACUGGAUCAUGCCCACGAUCAUGGUGCUCUCGGCGGCCACGGUAAGACCUCCGGAUCCAUCUGGACCGAGAUUCGUAGCCGUGAUCUCGGAGCUAUGGAAGGGAAAGAUGGACGCUCAGCCUCAGCCUACUCCUACAUGUCCCCAUCUUCUCAACCCAACAGCCCAGGAAUGAUGCACCCGCCGGCUCAAUUCGGCUACUCGAACAUCGUGCGCCCAGGAAGCUCUAGCUACGACCGUCCAACCUCUUCCCCAGGUGGCCCACCCCCUGGAAUCUACCAGCAGCAUCGCCCAGAGCACAUAAACCCCCCCUAUUCUCCUCAGCAGUCACAAGGAUCCUUCCAGAUCCCGCCUGCCGGCUACUAUCCACCGCACGGAGCUCCACCGUACUCACCUUCUAGCGCCCCGUACCCACCUGAUCACCAGCAACCAAACUACAGUGGUCCAGGUGCUCCGUACGAUCAAGGGCCUGGACCAGGAGGCUUCUAUCCAGGACCACAAGGACCACCUCCGCCAGGAUGGCAAGCAGGCCCACCACAGCAGCCACCCUAUAAUGGUGGAGGUGGAGGAGGAUAUCCUGGUUCUGGAUACGGUGGUGGGUACUAA